AAAGCCUCAGACGCCCAGACUGUGGUGAGACGCCUGACGAGUAAAAUCACUCCGUCUGUCUCUCUGUAACGUUUCGCCAUGAAGAUCCUCUCGCCUCUUCCCCACUUUCUGGUAGGAGUCCUGCUCCUGAUUUCAUGUUUCCCUGCGAAUGGCUACCUUCAUCCGCCUAAGAAACCUGAGGGCGUGACUUUGCCUCCCGAGGAAUGGUUCGUUCAGAAACUGGACCACUCCGAUCCAUCAGACACCAGAACUUGGUCCCAGAGAUAUUACAAGAAUCUCGAUUUCUUCAAACCUGGGGGUCCUGUAUUUCUGAUGAUCGGAGGCGAAGGCCCAGCCGAUCCCAUCUGGAUGGUCGAAGGCGCUUGGACCUUGUACGCCCAGGAGAUGAACGCCCUCUUGCUCAUGCUAGAGCACCGAUAUUACGGGAAGAGUCAUCCGACAGAAGAUGCAUCUGUUGAAAACCUGGUGUACCUCAGCAGCGAGCAGGCUUUGGCUGACCUGGCAGAAUUCACUGUCAAGAUGCAGGAAGAACUGGGCUUGACUGACAACAAAUGGGUUGCUUUCGGUGGAUCAUACCCCGGUUCUCUGUCUGUAUGGUACAGGCUGAAGUACCCUCACCUGGUGCACGCGUCAGUCGCCACCAGUGCGCCACUCGUUGCCAGGAGUGACUUCAGAGAAUACUUGGAAGUCGUAAGGAAUUCCUUGGCAUCUGAGAGUGACGAACGCUGUAACGUAGCCAUUCAGGCAGCAACGGACCAGAUCUCUAUGCUCUUGGGUCGUCCUACGGGUUGGCAUCUUCUUUCUGAAGAAUUCAGACUGUGCACCGUUCUCGACGGCACAAAGAAGGAAGAUGUCUCUAAUAUGCACGAAUUGCUGGCAGAGAACUUCAACGGAGUAGUUCAGUACAACAAAGACAACAGAGCUUUCGAAGGCGUUAAAGGCACAAACAUUACCAUCAACGUGGUGUGUGACAUUAUGAUGGACGACACCCUUGGAAGUGAACUUUCCAGGUAUUCAGCCGUGAACAGCCUGCUCCUGGACGUCUAUGAAAGACAAUGUUUCGAGCACCAAUAUUCGGCCAUGAUUGAAGAAUACCAGAAAACGAGCUGGGACCAAGGCGCCGUAGGAGGUCGAUCUUGGUAUUACCAAACAUGUACCGAGUUCGGAUGGUAUCAAGGCUCAGAUUCAGACGAACAACCAUUCGGUCACCGGUUUCCCCUGGAGUUUUUCACCCAAAUGUGCCAAGAUAUCUACGGUCCUAGCUUCACAGUUGAGUUCCUGGAGGAGGCUAUCAAGAAGACGAACGCCAACUACGGUGGUUUGACCCCCAACGUGACCCGCGUGGUAUUCGUGAACGGCAACAUUGACCCUUGGCACGCUCUGGGAAUCACUUCUGACCUGAGCAGUGAGGCACCAGCAAUUUUCAUCCAAGGUACCGCUCACUGCGCAAACAUGUACCCCCCAACAUCUGACGAUCUGCCCCAGCUGCAGGAGGCGAGGCAGAAAAUAUUCUCGCUCAUAGAACAGUGGCUCAGCGAAGAGUAGAUCGAGAGUCGUUGCCCUGGGAUAAGUUCAACGGAGAUCCUGGUCACUGAGCAGAAGCGCCUGUCAACGGAGUUUGUGAUCUGUAUAAAGAUGAAUGCCAACGAUUAUAUUUCUCAUAUUUUUUUUUUAACGAACCUGAAUUGCCAUCUGAUAUUUUAAAGGAAAUUUAGAUUUGGAAUAAAUUACACUGACGUAGGAUGCCAGACCUGAAAUUCUCUCCCAUCUAUUUCGCUGAAAUAUCAAAUGUCUUGGAUUACAGAUAUCAAACAUGAUUCA